AGAGUCUGUAGCGGACCAGUUCUGUCCUAGAGGUGAGCCUGCCUAACACAUUAAGUGUGGCUUCCAGCUACUUUGUCCUGAGUUCAGCUUGUGUCUUCGCAACCUGAUGUCUGGUGAGGCGCCGAUGUGUGACAUCGACAUGGGCAGUGGCAAGGUGAAGGAGCCCAGCAUAAGCAGCAGGUGCCGUAUGUCCUGGUAUGAGCGGUUUGUGCAGCCCUGCCUGGUGGAGCUUCUGGGCUCUGCCCUCUUCAUCUUUAUCGGGUGCCUGUCAGUCAUUGAGAACAGCCCGGACACUGGGAGGCUACAGCCAGCCCUGGCCCAUGGGUUGGCCUUGGGGCUCAUCAUUGCCACCUUGGGAAAUAUCAGCGGUGGACACUUCAACCCUGCCGUAUCACUGGCAGCCAUGCUGGUCGGAGGCCUCAACCUGAUAAUGCUCCUUCCCUACUGGCUCUCCCAGCUGUGUGGGGGGUUGAUUGGAGCUGCUUUGGCCAAGGCGGUGAGUCCAGAGGAAAGGUUCUGGAAUGCAUCUGGUGCAGCCUUUGUGACAGUCCAGGAGCAGGGCCAGGUGGGAGGGGCACUUGGAACAGAGGUCAUCCUGACAGCCCUGCUCACGCUGGUGGUGUGCAUGGGUGCUAUCAACGAGAGGACACAGGGCCCUCUGGCCCCAUUCUCCAUCGGCUUCUCUGUCACUGUGGACAUCCUGGCAGGUGGUGCGAUCUCUGGAGCCUGCAUGAACCCUGCACGUGCCUUUGGACCUGCUGUGAUGGCUGGCCACUGGGACUUCCACUGGAUCUACUGGCUGGGUCCACUGCUGGCUGGCCUUCUUGUAGGACUGCUCAUUAGGCUUGUCAUUGGAGAUGGAAAAACCCGCCUAAUCCUGAAGGCACGGUGAAGCGGAGCUGUUGGAGUCCUCGCUGCCUGGUGUCCUUGCUGUCUGUCCUGGGCCGAGGCUGGGACAGUUUUAGCACCUCCUGCAGGGCUGAGUCCAGAGGAGCCACUGACUGGCUGUAACUGCCCUGGGCCUGCCUCCCCAGGCAGAUGAUCUGCUGCUGCGUCCUGAGAAUGCUCCUCACACUUGGGACUUCUUUGUGCUCAUCCCAGGCUUUUGCCUAGAGGCCUGGGGACACAUGGCUAGCGAUGUCUCAGGGUGCGGACUGCACAGAAAAGGCUGGUCCUGAGAGAGCAAGGAAUAGGAGAGAGAGCAGGUGGAGAAAGUGCUUAUUUAUGGACAUCUGCUUAUUUUACCACCCACUUUCUUUUCUUUUGCUCUAUGCUGGUGAUAGACCCCAGGGUCCCAUGCAUGCAAGGUGAGCACUCUAUCACUGAGCCCACCCCAAGCUCUUCCCAUCCACUUUUUUAAAAAUCCCAUUGUUCCUCAGUUCCUCUGCAAGAACAGGGUCUUU